GGAGCGGAAGUACACACCACCCGGGGGUUGUGGGAACCACAGUUCCGGGAUGGUGGGCGGCGGUGGAGGAGCUGGUGGCGGUGGGCGCGGCGGGCUUCUCGAGAACGCCAACCCCCUCAUCUAUGAGCGCUCCGGGGAGCGGCCAGUGACGGCGGGCGAGGAAGACGAACAGGUGCCCGACAGCAUCGAUGCCCGCGAGAUCUUCGAUCUCAUUCGGUCCAUUAAUGACCCCGAGCAUCCGCUGACACUAGAGGAGUUGAACGUAGUAGAGCAAGUUCGGAUUCAGGUUAGCGACCCCGAGAGCACAGUGGCCGUAGCUUUCACACCCACCAUCCCACACUGCAGCAUGGCGACGCUUAUUGGGCUGUCAAUCAAAGUCAAGCUUCUGCGAUCCCUUCCCCAGCGCUUCAAGAUGGAUGUGCACAUUACACCCGGGACCCACGCCUCGGAGCAUGCAGUGAACAAACAGCUUGCAGAUAAGGAGCGAGUUGCAGCCGCCCUGGAGAAUACCCACCUACUAGAGGUCGUUAAUCAGUGUCUGUCAGCCCGCUCGUGAGCCAGGCUUUUGACCACCAGCCUGCACACAGGUGUCCUGGCCUCAGCUCCACCAAGAGCUUGUGGCUUUGUUUUCUUGAAUCACUGACAAUGAGAAACUAACAUUUUUCAUUUUGUAAUAAACCCUUAAUUUAUAUUCA